AGGGGGGGGCUUCGCCUGAUGUUUGAUCAGGCCACUAGUAUGGGCGAUGGAGUGUCCGAAGAGAGGAGCCCUCUGUGUGGCAAGUCAGCCACGUCGUGCACGGAGCGACUCAGAGACAAGGGGAGCAGGGCAGAUCUGGAGUGCUCCCUACGAGGCCAUAGCAUAAAGGACAUUCCUGUAACCUCCACCUCUAGCCCGGGAUCGUCCAAAGAGGAAACUCAGGACACCCAGUCUGCAGGAGAAGCUGAUUACUGUCGACGGAUCCUGGUCAGAGAUGCCAAAGGGACGAUCCGGGAGAUUGUUCUACCGAAGGGUCUGGAUCUUGACCGGCCAAAGCGCACAAGAACCUCCUUCACGGCGGAGCAGCUGUACCGGCUGGAGCUGGAAUUCCAGAGGUGCCAGUACGUUGUCGGCAGGGAGAGGACUGAGCUGGCCAGGCAGCUUAAUUUGUCUGAAACACAGGUCAAAGUCUGGUUCCAGAACCGAAGGACCAAGCAGAAGAAAGACCAGAGCAGGGACUCUGAGAAACGCUCCUCUUCCACCUCCGAAUCCUUCGCAACUUGCAAUAUUUUACGGUUAUUGGAGCAAGGUAGACUUUUGUCCGUCCCGGCACCACCCAACUUGCUCUCUCCUAGUCAAAACCCGAUGGGCAGCCCAUCAGCCAAUGGGUCCAGUUUGGGUACUUCGGGAAGCACGUCACCAGGAAUAAGCAGUAGCCCUCCUGGAGCCGGAGUUUUCACCCUCCAAGUUCCAUCAUUAGCUUCUUCAACUUCUCCGAGGCUACCAGCUCCCCUGUGUUUCCCCGGUCCUCUACUGGGAGGCCUCCAUGAAAUACCAACUGGAUAUGGACUGGGUAGCUCGGCGUUCGAGCCUUACACCCGCCUGGAGAGAAAAGACAAUGUCACCAGCAAAAAGCCAAGUUCUUAAAAGUCAUCGUUGACCUCAAAACUGGUGUCAAAGUCCACUUCAUUUGCUUCCUGUCCACACACCUAGUGACUGGUCUUGCAAGUAAAAAAAAAAAAAAAUAUCAAGAAGACUUCUUCAACCAAACGUGUCUAGUCGUGUGUGUGUGUGUGCGUGUGGUUGUUUUCACAGUGAUGGUGAAAUCCAGAAACAGGAAGUACGGAGCAUGACGAUGACCAUGGGGGCACCAGCACAUAUGUCUGUAGCCAAUGUUUAAUGAUGUGAAAUGAAUUGUUAAUUAAAAACAGAGCAGCUUUUGAGUGUCAGCUCUGUAGUCCAGGUCAGUGGUGUUUCACACAUUAAUUACGUAAGAUUCCUGUAGACCACAGAUGGCUAUCCUUUGGUACUAGAAGUUUGUAAAACUGGGCAGUGUAGGUGGCACAAAAGAGGACAAAUGGUAAACUUAAAUUUAAGAAGCUCACAGUGGUAUGGUGAUAGGUAAAAGCUACAAAUACAAUACGUCAUGUGGUUAUUAACCAAGCAAGGUCAAAUUUGACCUAUUGUCCAUGAAAUUGGUCUUUAAAUGGCAAAUGCCUCUCCUGAUCAACAUGUUGACAGAUAUAAUAUGAGUGAAAAGACAAAUCAAAUGGUUCAGUGGCCUGUUUGCUAGUGCAGUCAUCGUAACUUAUCAUUUAUGUUCUACAAAAGUAUCAGUGUGUACUCAUUGAAGAAUUGCCCAAAAAUAUGUAUUAUGGUUUUAGGAGGUGGAACCGUUUCUGGGAAAAAACAUACAAAUCGAAAGGUUUCUCUAAACUUAAAGUUGGGGUGUGCAAAAAAAUGAUGCUUUUGGUUCAGACAUACACAUUGAAAACCUACUACUGCCCAAAGUGUCUAUUGGUUAGCCCUCUUCAAUCACAUAUUUUGACCUUGUACCAUACCUUAAAGAUAUGGUCACAGCCUGGCUGACAUUAAUAAAUAGAGGGUAACAAAAAGGCUGAACUAUACCUACCAUUUAAAUCUCAGAUCCUUCCGGAUCUCAAGUAAGCAGAAUUAGAGGGAGCAUAGAGCAGCAUUUUCUCCAUAAAAGUAAAUAUCUCAGGCCUUCUAUUACUCCAUUUUUAGAAUUCAAGCAUAGGUCCUCUUUAUUCCCCAAACAAACCAACUGUUAAAUAUCUGAGCAAGUAUGACUCGUUGUAGGCCUGAAAGUGUAUUGAAUGUAUCAUAAUACAAAAAUCUUACUUGAGUAGGUCUUAGAAACUACAACAAAGUGGCAAUGGCUAGGCUCAGACGUAACUCAUACGUAGCUCAUUUAAAGUCUCUUAAAUUAUUCUAUUUCCUAUUCGGAAGUUGACGUUUUAAUAUGAUGCUGUUAAAAAUCACAUUUAACCUUCUGAAUUUAAUUAUCUUUUUUAAAAAUCAAACUAAUGUCUGCCAUAGCUAAUUCUGCUGGUAAAAUGCCCUCGGUGCAUUUUUAUAAUGUGUAUAAAAGGUUUAAAAUUGUCAUAGUUGACAUAUAACAACUUCUCUUACAUAUGCCGCCCUUUUAGAAAGUAUGCAUUCAUUUGGGAUAAAAGUAUUCCAUCAGAAUUUCUUCCAUCACAGACCUCCAGGAGAUCUACCCAUGUAUUGGGAAAUUCAUAUUUAAUAAAGGCAAAUUGUUUUUAAUUUAAUUUAUGGAAAUUGAGGCUUGAUUUCUAGAGCCUCAAUGGAUGGAAUAAAGGUAUUCCAUUAGAGUUUCCUCCAUCCCAUACCUUCAGGAGCUUUACCAAUGGAUUGGGAGUUAAAAUAUAAAGAGAAUCAUUUUUUAUUAUUAAUUUAUAAUUGGAAUACAAAAAUCGAGUCUUGAAUUUUAGAACCUCAAUGGAUGGAAUAAAAGUAUCCCAUCAGAAUUUCUUCUAUCACAGACCUUCAGAUGAUCUACCGAUGGAAUGGGAGUAUUUAAAGAGAAACUUUUUUUAUCUUAAUUUAUAAUUGUAACUGAAAAUUGAGCCUUGAUUUUUUGAACCUCAAUGGAUGAAUUAAAAGUUUUUCCAUCAGAAUUUUUUUUCCAUUACAGAACUCCAGGUGAUCUACCAACUUUGAAGAGAAUACGUUUUUGAUUUUAAUUUAUAACAUUUAUGUGUUGUUCAUGAUAAUUGAGCCUUGAUUUCUAGAGCCUCAAUGGAUAAAAUAAAAGUAUUCUUUUUUAAAAUAAUUUCUUCCAUCACAGACCUCCAGGAGAUCUUCAUAUCAGAGUCCUCUUCUAAUAUAAAGAAAAUCAGAUUUUAAUAUUAUUUUAUAAUUGUUUAUGAAGAUUGAGCCUUGAUUUCUCGAACCUCAAUGGAUGGAUUAAAGUUACUCCGUCAGAAUUUUGUUUCCCCCAUCACAGACCUCCGGGAGAUCUACCAAUGGAUUGGUGGUUCAAAUAUAAAGAGAAUCCGUUUUUGAUUAUAAUUUAUGAUUGUACAUGAUAUUUGAGCCUAGAUUUCUCAAACCUCAAAGUCAUUAAAGCUGAACUCCAGGCAAGCAGCUAAAUACACAUCAGAAAUAUCUACAUUGGGUUUGCUUGACCCGUCUAUAGAUUUGUUAUGCUCUGCAGACAGUCUUGUCAUCCAACAGAAAACAUAGCAAGGGUCGUAACAGCACAGCUUGGACUAAGACACACCCCAAGAUGGUUAUUGGGCAAGGAAGGAGCAGCAAGACACUAAUAUUUUACUGUCAGUUUAGCCCAGGAAAAAAUGCUUACUGGAACGGAGAGCAGUGUUCACUGUACCAGAAGUUGACAGAGUCUGAGUACUGCUUUAUCUCUCAGGCCCCGUACACACGACCGGUUUUCUCGGCAGAAUCCAGCAAGAAACUCGAUGUGAGACGUA